UAACGUUCAGUCUGCCUCUAGAAGUCGAUCGUGAUCGUGUGGCCCAGUCAGUUCCGCUCAAGCUCGAACCAACAAUCUUCAAUCUUGUGGCUCUCUGUCUGCCUUGCCUGUCCAUCUACUAUCUGUCGUCCAUCGUCCAUCGUCCGUCCUCCGUCCCCACGUCGUUCGCUGUAUUUUUUUUCUAGUUUAAGACGUGCGCGUUUUGAAUUCUUUUUGUUGGUUCCAAAUCUUCGCUUGGACAAGUUCAAUUUUUGUACAACAAUCAAAAACACACACCAAUACCAACACACACACACACACACACACACACACACACAAAUCGCGACAAAAUGAAGUACUUCAACAUCUGCCUGCUCUUCAUCAUCUGCGCCCUGUGCUAUGGACUAGUGGCUGCCCAGGAGGAGGGCGGCUCCGUGUCGCCAGCCAAGAGAAUUGCCGCCCUGCGCCGUCCCGUUGGCAAGGCGGCCAAGCCGACCACCACGACGACAGCGGCUCCGGCCCAGAACGAUGGCGGCGAGGGCGAGGAAUACGACGAGGAGGCGGGUCUGGGCGACCAUGGGGAGGAGGGUGAUGAGGCGGGGGCGUCCGCCAGCUCCACCACAACCACCAGCACAGAGGCGCCCAAGAAGGUGGGACCCGUAAUCCGGCCCUUCCGCUCCAACGACGACUUUCUCAACUCCCUGAAGCGCCGCCAGCAGAACGCCAAGAAGCAUCGCGCCGAGAAGGUGCCCGCCAGCAAGCCGGCCAAGAAGAGCGACGAGUCCGCCUCGGGCGAGCAGGAGGAUCAGGCACCGGCUGCCGCACCAGCACCGGCCUCGGCACCAUCCAAGGGCUUCAAGGGCAACUCGGCAUUGAGCCGGCGCAAGCUUGCCAAGCCGGUCAAGGCGACGCCCGAACAGGCAGAGGACGAUGCCGCCGCCGAGGAAUCGGAACAGCAGCAGAAGGAGGAGGCAAAACCGAAGCGUCCCAUCGGUCGUUUGGCCUUGAGGAAGCGCAACUGAAGCAGCGCACCGCCCAAUCAGUGGACAUCCUGAGAUCACUCCGGUCCUUCUCUCCCUUCUCUUUCUCUCUUUCCUUUUUCCAUUCUCCGUUUUCACACAUCACCCACACCACUCAUGCCACACACACACACAUGCAUACACACAUACAUACUAAAUGGCUAGCUAUAUGGCAGCCCGGAUCUGCCCUUUAGUUCUUAGUUCACAAUUCUUUUUUUGUGUAUGUCUAAAAUAUUUUGUAAUUGUAAUUUUAUUUUGUAAACACAACACA